CCCUGCUGCGCAAUAUUAGUUCAGUUCUUUUUUAAGGUUUGACUAAGAAGGUCUAAUUCAGAAGUACAAAAUGCAAAGAGACGCUAACCUGCAUAGUAUCCCUGAAAUACCUUUCAUGGAUUUCAUUUUUAAAGAUUACGAUGAAAGAAUUAAAGACUAUAAAGACCGCCCAUGGAUCAUGGAUAUUCCGUCUGGAAAAACAGUGACAUUCGGCCAGGUAAAAAAUGACGCGAUUAAAAUUGCCAGCAGCCUUGCUAGAAGAGGUUUCAAGCAAGGUGACACCCUUUACUUUGUUACAUAUGCAAUGGCCGAACUAUUUUUGGUAAAAAUUGGUGUUUGGUUGCUGGGCGGGGUGGUGCGAGGAUGUUCACAAAGCGAAUCACCUGAUGUUCAUGCGAGGCAAAUAAAUGAAAGUUCGGCAAAGUUUGUUUUGGUCGACUCGGAUACAAUACAAGUAAUUAGAAAUGCUUUGGAGAAGUUGGAUUUUGAAGUGUGUCUUCUAAGCUUGGGAGACGAACCAAUAUCAGGAACUGCCCAUUUAUCAAAUUUGCUAAGUGACGACGGCUCGGCAUUUAAAAAACCUAAAGACAUCAACGUUAAAGAGGAUGUGGUGGUGGUCUUACAUACAAGUGGGUCGACAGGUCCUCCAAAGGGUGUAGUGCACACUCACUAUUCUUGUGUUGGUUUCAUUGACAACUACAAGUUUCGAAGGAGCGAGAAGUCUAUCUUGGCGUUCACGAUUAAUUACGGAGUUAGCGCCUUAGGUUGUACAAUGUUUUUCUUAAAGGCUGGAAAAACAUUGUAUCAUAUUAAUAAAUUUGACAGAUUCCAAUACUUCCAACACAUUCAUACAUACAAGCCCAGCAGCAUUUUGCUUUAUCCCUUUGUGGCCAAUUGGUUUGCUCAAUGUGACGACGAACUCGCGACCCUAAAGUCGAAGGGUUUCUUAAAUCUGAUCUCGAUUGGUGGCUGGGUUCUUGAUCCAACAACAGCGGACAGCAUUUUUGAGAAAUUGCCAAACACACAUCUCCAGCAGGUUUACGGAAUGACAGAAAUUCAAAUGGCAGCUUGCACUGAGAUAAGCGAGACACCAAAAAAAUUGGAGCACUGCACUAAUGAAGGCCACAACUUUACUUCUUCAGGACGUUUGCAACCACACUUUGAAGGAAAAGUUUUAGACCUCUUGACAGGGAAAAAAUUGGGGCCUCACGAAGUUGGUGAGUUAUACUUACGAACACCCCUCAUUACAAAAGGAUACUUAAAACCUGGCAAUCAGGUUGAUUCCUCUCUGAUUGACAAAGACGGUUGGAUGAAAACAGGUGAUUUAUGUUUCAUGGAUGAAAAAGGGAACGUUUACAUCAAAGAUAGAGUUAAAUUUACAUACCGGUAUAAAUCGGUAAUUAUCUCGCCGAUUGAAAUCGAAGCUGUUCUGCAAGAGCACCCUGAUGUGCAAGAGACGGGCGUUGUGGGAAUUCCCGACUUAGAUGCCGUUCACGUUUCGAGGGCUCUGGUUGUGUUGAAACCAGGACGAAAAUGUACAGCAAAAGAGCUAUGCAAAUUUGUGGCUGACAGACUCCCUGAGCACAAGCAACUGCACGCUGGAGUGCACUUUGUCAAAAGUCUGCCAGUAAACAAGGGCGGAAAAUUGGACAGACAGACCCUAAAAAAAUUGGCCCUUUUUGAUGUGGAAGUUCUUUAGAGAAGUAUUUCAACAGUAAUGUUUAUUAUAUUUUUUAUGCAUAAUGUUAUAGAAUUUUGGUAUUAUGCUAAUAAAUAUUAGAUGUAAAAUUAG